AUGAACUAUCGGCUUGGAGCCUUCGGUUUUCUGUCUUCAGAUGAGCUCGCUCGGAAGGGUACCCCCAACGCCGGUCUGCUGGACCAACAGCUCGCCCUCCAGUGGAUCCAGCAGUACAUCCACCUAUUCGGAGGCAACAAUAGAAAGGUGACCAUCUUCGGUGAGAGUGCUGGUGCUGGGAGUGUGAUGCUGCAUGACAUUGCCUACGGUGGUACUCUUGGAACCUCUUUGUUCAGAAACCCCAUCACCGCAUCCCCUUACCUUGCUUUCCAAUACGGAUACAAAGACCGGCAGCCGUCCCAGGCGUACUACGCUUUCGCUUCUGCAGCAGGAUGUGAUGUGCGGGGUGCUUAUCUGCAUAACGGUUCCAAGCCAAUAUUCGACUGUCUCCAGGCGGCAGACUCGGCAACGCGCAUGAACGACAACGUAGAUGUGUCCCAGAGCGAGCGGCCAAGCAAGGCGCUCGCAGACGGCAAGGUCAACGGACUCAACCAUCUCGCAGGCUCCAAUGCGUUCGAGGGUGCUUCAUGGGUCCAACCGGGGGCGAUCAAUACCGUCGAUGAUCUCGUGGAUUUUCUUCGAGUCACUUUCCCGAACUUCUCGAACAACGACAUCGCCAAGAUUCUGCUCUAA